UCUGUUACUUCCUUGGUCUAAGGUGAACGGCCGCGUGGUUUACAGAGCACCUGGGUGGAAAAGAAGGCUGCGUUAGUCGAUUGCGUGUCAAGCACUACCAACUUAGCGAAUAGCAUAUAAAAUCUUCAUCGUUGCCCAACUAAAGAACUACUACCUGCUUAAGUACUCGACAAACUCCCACACAACCGGAGUCAAGAAGAAUGAGUGACUCAAUGUUCUUCAAAUCGAGGAUGGUUUUGACUGUUGCUAUGCUCACGAGCAUCUUUUCCUCAGAUUUUGGCCUCUUCCGGCUUGGCUCCAGCCUCGGCAUUAACUACGGUCAAGUUGCCAACAAUUUACCGAGUCCGGAACAAGUUUUGAUGUUGUUGAAGUCGUUGAAGGUGAACAACACGAGGAUCUAUGACACCAACCCUCAAGUGCUCACGGCCUUCGCAAACACCGGCAUCGACAUCAUCGUCAUGGUGCCGAACGAGGCGAUUCGCCAGCUGAUGGACCCUCAGCUGGCGCUGCAAUGGGUAGCCGACAACGUGCAGCCCUACUUCCCGGCCACCAAGAUCACCGGAAUUGCAGUGGGGAACGAGGUGUUCACCAGCGACGACGCGGCGGCGAUGUCCGACCUCGCCCCGGCCAUGGCCAGCAUCCGCGCCGCGCUCGUCCAGAUCGGCCUCGGCGAUCAAAUCCACGUCUCCAGUGCCAACUCCCUGGCGGUGUUGGAGAGCUCGUACCCGCCGUCGUCCGGGGCGUUCAAGGCGGAGCUAGCCGGCACUAUGGCGCCGUUCUUGCAGUUCCUGGCUGCCACGAAGGCGCCCUUCUGGGUCAACGCCUACCCGUACUUCGCGUACAAGGACGACCCGUCGGGGAUUCCGCUGGACUACGUUUUGUUCAACCCCAACGGCGGGAUGGAGGAUCCCCAGACGCAGCUGCGCUACGACAACAUGCUGUACGCGCAGGUCGACGCGGCGAUCUUCGCGCUCGAGCGGUUAGGGUACGGAGGAGUGGAGGUGCGCGUUGCGGAGACCGGGUGGCCGUCGAAGGGCGACGCCGACGAGGUAGGGGCGAGCACUGAGAACGCGCGGUUGUACAACAGGAACCUGCUGGUGAGGCAGAUGGCGAACGAAGGGACGCCGAGGGUGCCCAACCGGAGGCUCGAGGUCUACCUGUUCGCGAUGUUCAACGAGGAUUUGAAGCCCGGUCCGACGUCGGAGAGAAACUACGGGCUCUUCCACCCCGACGGCACCAUGGCAUACAACCUCGGACUGGCGGCGCCGCUUUCGGCGUCUUCCACUGCUUCCCUCUCCCUCACCUCCUCUGCGGCAAAGGAAACGAGCAGGAUAUUUGGCUGCCACUGGAGCUGCAUCACUGUGGUCCUAUUACUAUUCUCUUGGACAGUGCAAGUUAAGCUUUAAUUUGGUCAGCAGCGCAAUGAGGAAAAGCUUGAACUAGCAAGGACAAUUCCAUGCACCAUUCUUUUUCAGCUCCUUUGGUGGGGGUUGAGUUCCUCGCAUUCUUUGCAUGCCUAUUAAAUAGGGGAGUACUUAGAUUCCCUGCAUGGGCAAUAGCUUAAUGACAAAUGAGCGAUGUACAGAAUUAGAUAGCAAAACUUUGAACUUAUGUA